CUCGUCCCUCUCCCUCAAGACAGCUGGUAGUUCGCGAUGGGUGCCUACAAGUACUUGCAAGAGCUUCAAACCAAGAAGCAGUCGGACAUCCUCCGAUUCCUUCUCCGUGUCAGGUGCUGGGAGUACCGCCAGCUCAACGUCAUCCACCGAGCUAGCCGUCCCUCUCGCCCCGACAAGGCCCGUCGCCUUGGCUACAAGGCCAAGCAGGGCUACGUCAUCUACCGUAUCCGCGUCCGCCGUGGUAACCGUAAGAAGCCCGUUCCCAAGGGCGCCACUUACGGCAAGCCCGUCCGCCAGGGUGUCAACCACCUCAAGUACCAGCGCUCCCUCCGCGCUACUGCCGAGGAGCGUGUAGGACGCAAGGCUGCCAACCUCCGCGUGCUCAACUCGUACUGGAUCAACCAGGACGGUGUCUACAAGUACUUCGAGGUCAUCUGCGUUGACCCCCAGCACAAGGCUGUCCGCCGCGACGCCCGCAUCAACUGGAUCGCCAACCCCGUUCACAAGCACCGCGAGGCUCGUGGUCUCACUGCCACUGGCAAGAAGUCGAGGGGACAGGGCAAGGGACACCGCUUCAACAAGACGCAGGGUGGAAAGAACAAGGCCAUCCGUCGUCGCGACACCCUCCAGCUUACCCGCUACCGUUAAGCUGCGAGCGUCGCGUGUCGGACGUCUUGUCCUGCCCGUCUUCCCCCUGUCCCUCUCUCUC